AUGCAGCAAGGGUUUUAUAGAAAAUUCAUUGGUGGAAUCACCAGAACUCAGUUGGAGACCGGAAAGUUCGGUUUCUACCUUUUGACACCUAUUUGUAUCAUGUACUACGUCGGUUUAGAUACCGACAGAAAGUUCAACUUGCCUGGAUUCUGGCCUGAUCCAGCAACCUUGAAUCAAAUACCGAAGGAACCUCACGAAAUCCAGGCGGAAAUUGCCAGAAUCAGGAGGGCCAGAUUAGAGAAGAGAAAGAGGUUGGAAGAGAGAGCCAGAGAGUUGGGUAUUGAAGAGGAGGAGGAAGUCACCCAAUAG